AUGCCAGUGCGAUCAUCUCACCCGAUUCGCGCCAGAACGCUUGUCCGUAGCAACUUGGAGAAGGCAUCCGUUAUCAGCAACAUCCUACAGUCGAGGAUGCCCAACAUUAAGGUGUUUUCUGGUUCGUCCCAUCCGGAUCUUGCCUCGCGCAUCGUCGACCGGCUCGGUAUCGAUCUUGGCAAGGUAGUGACGAAAAAGUUCAGCAACUUGGAAACCUGUGUCGAAAUUGGUGAAUCCGUUCGUGGAGAAGAUGUGUACAUCGUGCAGUCCGGUUCCGGCGAGAUCAAUGAUAACUUGAUGGAGCUGCUGAUUAUGAUCAAUGCGUGCAAGAUAGCAUCGGCGUCCCGUGUGACCGCGGUCAUACCAUGCUUCCCGUAUGCCCGACAGGACAAGAAAGAUAAGGUAUGUUUAGCCAAACAAAGCUGCAACAAUCAAUCCACAGAGCUCAUGAAAACCAAUGAGUGGAAGUUCCGGAGCCGUGCUCCGAUUUCCGCCAAACUGGUUGCAAACAUGCUUUCCGUCGCUGGUGCCGAUCAUAUUAUUACAAUGGAUUUGCACGCUUCACAAAUUCAGGGUUUCUUUGAUAUACCGGUCGAUAAUUUGUACGCCGAACCGGCUGUAUUGAAAUGGAUCAGGGAGAACAUUGCCGAAUGGCGUAACUCGAUCAUCGUGUCACCGGAUGCGGGCGGUGCGAAGCGCGUUACCUCGAUCGCAGAUCGGUUAAACGUGGAGUUCGCGCUGAUCCACAAGGAACGCAAGAAGGCGAAUGAGGUCGCAUCCAUGGUGCUGGUCGGUGAUGUGAAGGACCGGGUUGCGAUCCUGGUGGACGAUAUGGCUGACACGUGCGGCACCAUUUGUCACGCCGCCGACAAGCUGGUCGAGGCUGGUGCGACGAAAGUGUACGCCAUACUAACGCACGGCAUCUUCAGUGGGCCGGCCAUCUCGAGGAUAAACAAUGCCUGCUUUGAGGCAGUGGUGGUGACGAACACGAUUCCGCAGGACGGUCACAUGAAGGAUUGUCCCAAAAUUCAGUGUAUCGACGUUUCGAUGAUGUUCGCUGAGGCUGUCCGUCGGACGCACAACGGCGAAAGUGUGUCAUAUCUGUUCUCAAACGUUCCUUACUAA